GCAAUGCAGCAAUAGUAAUCAGGGUAUACAGAGUUAAAUUUAUCCCUACCUUUCAGCCCAGCCAUAUCUACCCUGUCACUGCUGCAAAAAAGGAGAGGUAGGAAAGAGGUAUAUAAUCCUAAACGCAUUCCUUCGACAUAAUUUUCACCUUUCAGAUACACUCGCUUAAACUCCCAAAUUUUGAUACAUACUUUCACAUUUAUUGACACACUCUUUUACAAGCUGUUCUAAUUCUACUUAACAUAAUGGCUACACUGGAUUGGUUAAGUCGUUUGAACGAAAAAAUUAUAAUCCCAAAUACGGAUUCAAAAGAAGAUGGUAUAAGAAGUAAUAAAGAUUUGGAUCCUACAAAUGUUGAAGACAGAACUUGGCGAACCUACAAUUUUUUUCUUGUUUGGUUUCAGUCUUCGUUAAACGUCACCAUCUGGAACUCCGGUGCCAGUUUGAUCAAGAGCUCUCAGAUUUCCUAUUGGAAGACAAUGAUUGCAUCCGUUGUUGCUACUUUUAUUGGUGGCCUAUUUGUCAUGUGGAAUUCUAGAGCUGGUGCUGUUUAUCAUGUUGGCUAUCCAGUUUUACUUAGAUCAACUUUUGGUGUUUGGGGGUACUACUUUUUUGUUAUCAUCAGAGGAUUUGUCGCUAUUCUAUGGUUUGCAGUCCAAACUUACUAUGGCGGUUGCCUUCUUGAUGUGGUCCUGAGAUGUAUCUUUGGUCAUAAAUGGAACAACAUUGUUAAUCAUAUUCCACCUGAACAAGGUAUAACAACAAAGCUCAUGAUUGCUUUUCUCUUAUUUUGGAUUUGUCAAUGGCCGGUAAUGGUGAUUCACCCGACGAAUAUUAGGCAUUUCUUUACGUUCAAAGCUCUUGCAUUGCCUUGGGCAACCCUAGGAAUUUUUAUUUAUUGUUGUGUUGCAGGACAUGGUCCAGGAAAUUUCAAUAUGGGAAUUAAAAUUAUUGAAGACCCAUCCCAGGUUGGCUGGAAAUUCAUGAUGUGCAUUAACUCUAUACUGGGUUCCAUUUCUGCUAUGAUAAUCAAUCAGCCUGAUGUUGCCAGAUAUUGCAGAAAACCGUCUGCACCUCUUCUACCUCAAUUUUUUGGUUUCAUGUUGAGUAAAGUGGCAAUUCAAUUGUUUGCCAUGGUUGCAGUGGCAUCCUAUUAUAGAGUCUCUGGAGUUGCUUACUGGAACUUAUGGGAUUUAUUGAAUGGUAUUCUUGACAGACAUUGGACUGCAGGCGCAAGAACAGGUUGUUGUCUAGUUGCUGGUGCAUUUUGUAUCGGUAACAUGGGCACCAACUUAUUUGGUAACGCUCUUCCUUUUGCAGCAGAUAUGACUGGUCUUUUCCCUAAAUAUAUCAAUAUUAGAAGAGGCCAGAUUCUAAUGGCAUGUAUCUGCUGGGGUAUAGUUCCAUGGAAAAUGUUGAAGAAUGCAACAACCUUCCUUACUUUCCUUGGAAGUUAUACAUUGUUUGUUGGUCCAAUCUUGGGGUGCAUGUUGGCAGAUUACUUUUUUGUCAGAAAAGGAAACUAUCAUACGCCGUCUUUAUACACUAGGUCUCCUAAUGGAGUCUACUACUACUACAAAGGUGUUAAUUGGUGGGGGUGCCUCGCAUGGGUCUUUGCAAUGGCUUUGGGAAUUCCGGGCUUGGCGGCUGCUAUCCACCCAAAAGCGUAUUCUAUCAAUUGCCUUCAUAUGAACUAUAUAGGUUGGCUGAUGUGCACUUUUGCUGGUAUGGUCUUUUACACACUUUUUGGCAAGUUAGUUAAGCCACAAGUUUAUCCUCCAGGUCAUGAAGCCACGCCAAAAACCUUUGAAUACAUGAAAGAUUCAAAUGGUUUCUUCGAUGAUGAUGAACCAAUAAAUGGUGUGGGACCUGUUGAUUUUGAGCCCGCUUCUUUUUCCUCCCAAUCCUUUCAAAAAGAUGGUAAGGAAUUAGCCGUUACCGAAGUGAUCUCAUUAGAUCAGCUGGACACUACCUCUAGAGAGUAAAGCCACAAGUUUUAUAACGUAAGUAAUUAGUACCUUUGCAUUCAGUCAAUUUUUAUGUCCGCU